UAUUGAAAGAAAUAUUAUGUGUAAUGGUAUCUCCUGUCCUUCACUUGCUUUCUUACUCCAACAUAAUCACGUGGUCAGAUAAACGUAAUAUAGUGGGGGAACAGCGCAUGAAAGAGAAGUGUAAAACAGACAAUCGGAAGAUACAGAAGAUCUAGUGUUCAAAAGAAAAAUAUUAAAAAUCAACAGUUGCUAUCAAAAAAAGCAUCGCACAAAUCAUAUUUUAGUUCUUGCACAUCAAAGCUAUAUUUUGUGCAUUUAUGGCAAGAGUGUGUAGAAAAUUUGUAAAUAAUAACAUUUUCGAAGAAAGAAUCUUUAUCUUCACACACUUGACAACUGCCACUAUGGCUCUAAAGUUUGCUACUAACCUGUCUUUUAUGUUUACGGAAGUUCCUAGUAUUAUUGACAGAUAUCAGCUGGCCAAGCAAGCUGGGUUUAAAGCAGUGGAAAGUGGAUUUCCAUUUGGUUGCCCUGUUCAACAGGUUGCUGCAGCCAAAAAAAAGGCAAAUGUUGACCAAAUACUUCUGAAUGUAUUUACAGGUGAUGUAACAAAAGGUGAACUGGGCUUUGCUGCAAUUCCUGGUGAAGAAGAAAACUUCAAAAAGAGUAUUGAGAAAACGAUAGAGUAUGCUAAAGCUUUGGAUUGUAAGAUGAUUCACGUAAUGUCAGGAAAAGUGGAAUCGCCCACUGCUGCUAAUGAUACAGUUUAUGAAAAAAAUCUUUUAUAUGCUAUUGAACAGUGUCAAAAGGAAGACAUUGUCAUUGUGAUCGAACCAAUUAACAAUUACAGUGUACCAAAUUACUAUAUGAAUAAUUUUCAAAAAGGUUUAGAUUUGGUAAAGAAGAUAAACAGUACUUAUUUUAAGUUGCAAUUGGAUAUUUUUCAUUUACAACAUUGUUGUGGCAAUAUUACUAAAUGUAUUCAAAGUUUUUUACCUUAUGUGGGCCAUAUUCAAAUAGCUCAAGUGCCUGAUAGGCAUGAACCAGAUACUCCAGGAGAAAUUGAUUAUAAAUACGUCCUUUCCUUAUUGGAAACAGUGGGCUACACUGGAUAUAUUGGUUUGGAAUAUCGGCCAAAGUCAUUGACAGUGGAAGGAUUAAAUUGGAUUAAAAAAUAUGGUUAUACUCUGUAAAUAAUCAUAUAUGUA